AUCCAUUGUUUUCUACUAAAGGUCUUGGGUUUAAGUCUUUUGGUUCACAUCUCCCCUUCCCCCAUAGAAUAGGAUAGAACUUCCAAAUCAUUGAUCACCCACUGCCUGUAAUUAAAGAACUUCCAAACCCAGAUCCUCCAGAUCGAAACCACUUCUGUCAGUGUGGGUACCAUAGAUAUAGGAUUGAACCAUUAAACUUUGUAUCAAACCCUUCUUGGGUACAUCAUCCUCUUCAUUGCCAAUGUAUCUAUAUCUACUUUCAAGGAUUGGAUGCUGCUUUCAAAUAAGUUUGGCCUUCUCAUGCAUCAACAUCAAAGUACAUGACUGAUCGAAGUCUGAGGACUGUUAUUACCAAUAACCAGAGGUCCGUGAUCAACCGUAGUAGUUUUCCGGCGGGUUUUGUGUUCGGAACUGGAUCAGCCUCUUACCAGUUUGAAGGAGCAGCAAGAGAAGGUGGUAAAGGCCCAAAUAUUUGGGACAAUUUCACUCAUACACAUCCAGAAAAGAUAAAGGAUCAUAGCAAUGCAGAUGUAGCCGUUGAUUCCUAUCAUCUUUUCAAGGUAGACGUACAAAAAAUCAAGGAAAUGGGGUUGGACGCCUACAGGUUCUCUAUCUCAUGGUCUAGAAUACUACCCCGUGGAAGGUUAAGUGGGGGAGUAAACAAAGAAGGCAUCAGUUAUUACAAUGACCUUAUCAAUGAGCUUAUAUGUAAUGGUAUACAACCCUUUAUAACACUCUUUCAUUGGGAUCUUCCACAAGCUCUCGAAGAUGAGUAUGGUGGUUUCUUAAGUCCACAAAUCAUCAAUGAUUUCCAAGAUUAUGCAGAGCUUUGCUACAAAGAAUUUGGUGAUCGUGUAAAGAAUUGGAUCACCUUGAACGAGCCAUGGACCUUCAGCAGAGCUGGUUAUGCUUUGGGCACCAAUGCACCAGGCCGCUGUUCUAAGUGGGUUAACAAAAAUUGCAGCGCAGGAAAUUCCGCAACGGAGCCAUACGUGGUGGCGCACCACCAAAUUCUUGCUCACGCCGCUGCCGUAAACGUAUACAGAGAGAAGUAUCAGGCAUCUCAAAAGGGCAAAAUUGGAAUAACACUGGUAUUACAUUGGAUGGUGCCAUUCUCUAAAUCCAAGUCCAAUAGAGAGGCAGCCCAGCGAUCAAUUGAUUUCAUGUAUGGAUGGUUUAUCCAUCCAUUAACCUAUGGGGACUAUCCCGAAAGCAUGAGGGUAUUUGUGGGAAAUCGGCUUCCAAAAUUCUCUAGAGAACAAACUCUACUGGUGAAGGGAUCAAUGGAUUUCCUUGGAUUAAAUUACUAUACUGCAAAUUAUGCAUCUAAUAUUCCUUUUUCCGUUCCCCUCAAUGUUAGCUACACAACUGACUCUCGAGUUAAUCUCACGACUGAAAGGAAUGGAAUUCCCAUUGGUCCAAGGGCUGCUACAGCUUGGCUCUAUGUAUACCCGAGAGGAAUACGAGAUUUGUUGCUUUACACAAAGAGAAGAUACAAGAAUCCAGUUAUUUACAUCACCGAAAAUGGAAUAUCUGAGUUUAAUAACAAUACAAUAUCUCUGAAGGAAGCCCUGAAGGACAAUAUGAGAAUAGACUACCAUUUUAGCCAUCUUUGGUUCCUUCAAAGAGCUAUCAAGGAGGGUGUAGAUGUCAGAGGGUACUUCGUGUGGUCAUUGUUGGAUAACUUCUCAUGGGCUGAUGGCUUUACCACCCGAUAUGGUCUUGACUAUGUAGAUUACAAAGAUGGACUGAAGAGAUACCCAAAACAGUCCGCCAUUUGGUUCAAGAACUUCCUUCAAAGCUAUAUUUUGGGGCUCCUUCAGUCAAAUGAGCUUCAGAUGGGUUGUAAAACUUUUCCUGAGUAUGUUUGAUUCUGGCUGUGCUUUGGUACAA